AUGGAAAAGCUUCCGCCAGAACUUGUUGGUAUCAUUGGUAGCCACCUUGAGUACCCUGACUGGUGCGCCCUCCGACUUACAUCCAAGAUUAUCUAUCAACUCUCUUCUUCCCUCUUCGCGAGACGCUACUUCCAGUGCGUUAGUGUUAUUUUGACCCGGGAGGCUAUCGCGGACCUUGAAGACCUCAGCUUGAACGAAUCAUUCAGAAAUGAGGUAAAGGAACUGAGCCUCAUACCCCAAGCAUUUGGGGACUACGAGGUGGAUUUUUAUGCCUUUAGAACUAUCCUGCAGUUCUGUACACCUGGAAGUGAAAGUUGGACAACCGAGGAAGUGCAAACGCAGUUUAUGAAUUACGAGGCUGCUCAGACCGAUCAUCUAGCAUUCUUAGAGUCGGCUAGCUUAGUUAAAAGUCUUACUCGAUGCAUAAAUCGACUGAGAAAUGUUUCUGCUAUAGGGUUGCGAGCCUACCCUCCCUCCUGGCCACGCACAGAGAAGAAAAGUCUGUUUAUCUGCCUGGGCAUGCACGCCUUGCGGAAGCAGCUUCCUUUCGACCCCUGCGUACGACUCCUGAUGCCCAGUGCAUGCCGCUUUGCGGAUCGACCUUUGAGUACGUGGGGUCUAGUGUGGAACAUGUGGAACGACAUAAGGCAUCCGGUUUGGACCAAGGGGCUCACCAGUCUCUUCGAAGCCAUGUGCGCCGUCUCUCCAACUUUGGCAGUUCAAAGGCUAUAUACCUGCCUGACUGAAUAUGAAUUGUCGGUCCCCUUCGACUCCUUCACUCUAUCUGAACCUCUCUACCAAAGCCUGCAAUCCGUUCUUCGCGAGCUACAAGAUCUGGAUAUUUGUCUCCGACCCUCAUAUCCGAAUGACACCACUGAGUUCCUUCAUUCUCUCGUUGUCUGGGCUGCUCCAAAUCUUCACACUCUCCGCCUCGCCCUUUGGGAUCAGUUCCAUGAUGUAAGCCCGGAUCACUUCACCAACUUGGCCCAACAAGUCCAGUUCACCCGCCUCACGGAGCUUCAUCUCCAUUGGAUCGAGCUCACUCAACCCAGCUUCCAACUCUUUCUAAGCACAGCCGCUCCAACCUUGAAGGUCCUAACCUUGGUUGCAGUGAGUUUGAAUGACCCCAUACCCGUAGCUAUGGAAUCUUCACGACGAAGGUUCGAUGCAGCAGUAGAUACUGUUUGGCGCCGCUUUAUGAAUACCUUGCGUGACACCAUCCCAUCUAUUCGCUAUUUCAGGAUGACUGCACUUGCAUAUCGCCAGAAGAGGUUUGACAUGGAAGACCCAUCAAUAAGGGCGCUCAUGGCCAUGGGUCAUUGUCUCAGAGGCCAAUACUCCACAUUCCACACCUACGAGAUCAACAACACAAUGAGCUUUGUCGAAUGGAUCGAUAGUUUCAGACUGCGCAGGCUUAUCUUACACCACCCUCUGCCAAGACAUCGUGAACUACCUAACGGCAAUUUUACGUCUCCAGUGCCAGAGGGAAAAUUUCGAUGGGCACGUUGA